AUGGCAUCGACCACCCCAGGCGUCUACAUCAACGCCAAGGGCAAGAAGACGUUCGUUCCGCUCGAGAACAACCCAGAAGUCUUCACCGAGCUCGUCCACCGACUGGGCGUGUCGCCGAUGGUCGCAUUCUACGACAUCUACAGCAUUGAUGAUCCAGACCUACUCGGCUUCGUUCCACGACCCGCCCACGCCCUCAUCUUCAUCGCGUGAGUAUCUCGUCCAGAUUAUCAUAGGCGCGCGGACACGGAGAGCUGACACCGUGCAGUCCGACGCCUAUCUACAAUAAAGUCCGCGACAAGUACGACGGACCGAAGAACAUCACAUACGAUGCCUGCGGCGAAGCUGAGCCCGUCAUGUGGUUCAGACAAACCAUCGGUGAGCCCGGGGAGCACGACGGCCUUCUCGAUGUAUUGAAUAUCCACUGACACUUUGCGCUUUCCUGACAGGGCAUGCGUGUGGACUCUACUCAAUCGUCCACGCCGUUGGAAAUGGCUCAGCCAGGCAAUUUAUCACGCCGGACUCUCUCAUCGACGGCCUCCUGAAGAAGGCGCUCCCGCUGAAGCGAGUCGAGCGGGCCGAUGUCCUCUACCAUUCGGAAGAGCUAGAGAGGGCCCACAUGGCAUGCGCUGUCAAGGGUGACUCUCUCGCUCCGUCGGCGGAAGAGCCCGUCGGCUUCCACUUCAUCACCUUCGUCAAGGGAAAGGAUGGCAACCUCUGGGAACUGGAAGGCUCGUGGAACCCAAUCAACCGUGGCCCGCUCGACGAGUCCGAAGACAUGUUGAGCGACAAGGCGUUGGAUCUUGGCAUUCGGAAGUACUUGCGAGAGGCGGUGGAAGACGGCAAUUUAGAGUUGAGCAUUGUAGCCUUGUCGACGCGCAUAGGGGAAGAGGGCGCACCUGUCGCCGGCGCUUGA